UUCCAGGGUUUGUGAUUUGUAGCUAGGCUAUGGAGUUCGUUCGAGGGAGCGUCUCGCCGAAUGGCCUGGCUGUGCUCACGCUUGAUCGGCCCAAGGCGCUCAACGCGAUGAAUCUAGACAUGGAUGUGGCGUAUAAGAACUAUCUUGACGAAUGGGCAGCGAAUCCCGCUGUGAAGGCCGUUCUUGUGGAAAGCAGCUCGUCGCGCGCAUUCUCCGCAGGAAUGGAUGUGAAGUGGCUCGCAGCGACUCUAAAAGAUGACAUCCAUUCACCUCUCUUGCAACAGGUGUUCUCAGCUGAGUACAGCUUAAUCUGCACGAUUGCUCGCUACCAAAAACCUUACAUCUCGUUGAUGGACGGGAUAACCAUGGGUUUUGGCAUCGGCUUGUCGGGCCAUGGCAAGUAUCGCGUGAUUACCGAGAGGACGGUUCUUGCCAUGCCUGAGAAUGGAAUCGGCUUGUUUCCAGACGUUGGUUUUGCAUAUAUAGCAGCUCGAACUCCUGCAAAUGGAGCUGUAGGAACUUAUCUCGGUUUAUCCGGUGCGCGAGUCAAUGAACCUGCUGAUGCUCUCUUUGUGGGACUGGGAACGCAUUUCGUGCCUUCGGAGAACUUGUCAUCGUUGAAGGAAUCUCUUCUGGCCAAGGACUUGUCCAAUGCUUCUGAAGCAGUGGAAGAUGCCCUCAAAGUUUUCGGCGGUAAACCUGAAGCUCCUGCCCAGCUCAAGACGCUGUUGCCUCGCAUAUCCUCAGCUUUCGGUCCAGAUAAAUCGGUCUCCGAAUCAAUAACGGCUUUGGAGAAAGAGCAGCACUCUUCGGAUGCGAAAGUUGCCGAGUGGGCAAAAGCUGCUCUCGCGGGGAUUCAAAAGGCCGCACCAUUCAGUCUGGAAGCCACUCACAAGCAUUUCUCCUCAGUGGCUUUGAAUCCAUCCGCACAGAUUGAGGACGUAAUGAAGUCGGAGUAUCGUAUGGCUCUUCGAAUUGCCGUUCGAGAUGACUUCUUUGAAGGAGUUCGAGCUGUUCUAGUAGACAAGGACCAGAAACCAAAGUGGCAGCCUUCUCAGUUAGAAAGCGUUCGUGCCGAAGAGAUUGAAUUCUUGUUUCGUACUCUCGACUGCGACCUUAUUGUCUGAUCGCCCAAAUAAAAAGCUACAAAUCAACAAGAAAACAUCGUCGAGAUCCACCGCCACCGUCUUUAUGGUCGAGAUCCACCGUCUUUACGGUAGCGAUGGCCAUGUCCACCACCAGAUCGCCGAGCGCUAUCACUUCGCAGUUAGAUAUUUCACCGUAAGUUAUAAUAUUCACGCUUUUAGAAAAAAAUUCCAAGAAAAUACUAAGGGAGUGCGUGAUUGUGGAGAUUAGUGGGGAACUUGCCGAUUGACAUCGUA